AUUUCACAUGUCAGACAUUCUCCCUGGGUUUGCCACAGUUCCAGCCGCGUAGCACAAGCACAAGCAAAGCAGUAAUGCAAGCAGCGCUGCAUUCCAUCGUCGGUAUUCUUCUUCCUCACAAACAAAAAAAUCUCUUUCUUUCGUCCCUAAACAGGAAAGCCAACAACCGGUUCGCUUGCCAUGCCAUUUUUUUUUAUCUAUGUCACUUUUCAUUUUUGUCCCAAACUACCUCAACUUCGGUGUGCAUCUUCCUUCACCUGACAGUCGGUUUGAUCGGGCGACUCGGCCUCGUCCAAUGAAGCAUUAUCCCUGAGAUCCACCAAGUAUCAAUCACAUGCUUGACCCAGAAACACAAGCAACCAAGCUUCCUUUUGUUCGCAGCAGCGCAACCCACUCACCCCCGGUCCUCCACACGUUGCUAGCCAUAAGUUCCAACAUCUGAACAAGUUGCACGUUGCUCCCAUUGAAGCUGUCAAAGACAUGAACCGCCACCUCUCAUAGCCUCCAGAUGCGCCAAUUAAUAUCUGCGUUCAUUACUCUGCGCAGCCGACACUGAGUUCGGCAUAAAACGUAACAAGCCGCUUGUACCUCUCGACGGGAUCGAUCGGUUUGACAUUGCGGCUCUGCGCCAGCCAAAGGCCACGGCUGGCUAUCAGGUAAUACUGAGCCAAUCGGCCGAUACAGAUUUUAUCCAUCGCCAUCAUGAUAGACCACGUCCUUGGGAGACCCUCGACUAAGUCGCGGAGACUCCAAAUAUUAACCGUCUUGACGCUCUGGACAUUAUACUUGUCAAAAGGGAACAAACAUGGCCCACCUGGGUUUCGCUACUUAUCGAAGCUGCUCACCAAGCGGCUCACGGCCUGGCAGACGAUUGUCAUCACAAUGGCAUACCUGUAUGCAGCUCGCAACUUCAGCACGUUAGUGGGACUGUCGACCCCCGAGCCACUCGCCAAUAUGUAUGAGGCUACAUACUUCAGAGCUACAUGGGUUCUGACAGCUCUCGACGCGGGCUUCUGGACCGCCAUGAAGAUUCGUAACAAGUGGUUGAGGAAUAUAUGCAGCAUCGUCUUCACCGUGUUUUACUUAUUCCAGGCCGAAGCCGCAGACGAACGGGUUCGAAAGGUUCGCAGCAAUUUAAACAUUGACUACCUCAGAGUCAGCUGGAACAAGGGUGUCACCCCUUACCUGUCCUUCCUGACGAGGCUCAUGAGGCCGCGCUAUACCCGCUGGCCCCCUCGGCAGAUCAGGAUCCCGCGACCUUCUACCAGCGACUUUCAGGAGCCCGUGUCUGGCUGGCUUUAUUUCGAUGGGCCCUUGGCAGACCUAGUGCAUCAUAAUCGUAUCGUACUUGACAUACCUGGUGGUGGAUUUGUAGCCAUGGAUCCGCGAUGCAAUGACGACAGGCUGCUGGCUUGGGCUGGCAAGACUGGGCUACCAAUCCUCAGCCUGGACUACGGCAAAGCGCCCGAGUAUCCAUACCCAUAUGCGCUAAACGAGUGCUACGACGUUUACACUACCAUCAUCAAUAGCAAGGGGCGCUGUAUCGGAAUGUCUGGCACCGAGGUCCCUAAGGUCAUCAUUACUGGCGACAGUGCCGGCGGCAACCUUGCCACCUCCACUACGCUCAUGAUCAUCGAGAGUGGAAGUUCUCCUGUACGCCGCUUUCAAGGGCAGACUGACCUGCCACUACCUGCUGCUGUGAUUCUCUUCUAUCCUGGUCUUGAUAUGAACAUUGGCAAUUGGAUGUCGGAUGAGCAGAUGACUUUGAUAAAGGACCGGCGCAUGCGGGGGACUAACCGUAGGGUCGUCCACCGAAAGAGCAUGCAGUACAACCACCUGGUUGGCACGCCACACCACUCCAGCGAUGAGGAUGAAGGCGGCCCUUCGGAUCAACCACAGCAGCGAAACACAGGGCAACCUACCAUCAAGGUUGAUACAGAUGUAGAUGACGACGCAACACCGACCGUCGACGACUCGCGCAGUCCUCACCCGGAAUUCGCCCACGAGGGACCCAGCACUUGGAGUAAGCGGCAGUCUCGGCCAAAUUCCGAGCCACAGUCGCCCGAGGUCACCCACCGUAAGAAGCAGAGCACAUCGCAUCAUUCGGAAACAAUGCGUACACGGCUUGCCACCUCAUCCAUGAUCUCGUACUUUAACGAUCGUAUCCUGACGCCCGAGAUGAUGCGUGCCAUGAUCAUUUUAUAUAUUGGACCCCAUAACCGACCCGACUUUUCCACCGACUACCUCCUUUCUCCUGUUCUUGCGCCCGAUGUUCUGCUGGCCAAGUUUCCAAAGACUUACUUUUUGACUGGCGAGCGCGAUCCCCUUGUGGACGACACAGUGAUAUUCUCUGGCCGUCUCCGCCGCGUCAAGGCUGCUGUCUAUGCCUCGGGUGGACGCAGGUUCGAGUAUCAAGAUACUGACAGCCUAGCGCCCGGUUUCAACGAGAAGGAUGUGGCCGAGACGGUACUCAUCCCCGGGAUAUCUCACGGCUUCAUGCAAUUCCCCAGCAUAUACCCGCCCGCCCGCAAGUGGAUUGACCAGUCGGCCAGGUGGAUCGAGGAAUCAUUUGCGGCAGCAGAAACGCGCGAGCGAGAAAGUCGCAGGAACUCGGUUACUACACCCACUAAUGGGUUGCGUAUAACCAACGGUGAGAGCCGGGGUCAUCACAGUCGGACCGACAGCAGCGGGGACGAGUUUGAUAAGCCUCUCGAAAUGACUGUCGUAAGGCCACGGGGUCGGACUGUGAGCAGCGGGAACGGCGGUGCCGACCGUCGAUCAUACCAUCGCCAACAGCAAGAACGACACCAGCGGCCGAGGGGAAAUAGCGAUGGCGCUCAGGUACAGCCGCAGGAGGGCAGUUCUUCAUUGGGUAACAACACUUUGGGGUCUGCCAACCCGACCGGCAACGGGAACGGAGGGAAGCGUAGAAGGGGAAAUGGGUCCAGGAAGGAAUACAAGGAUGGAAAUCUCAGCCGGUUGGCAAGCUCGGAUGACUUGUUAAGUAGAAGAAUGCAGGGCCUUGCCGGAGGCUUGACGGGGUUGAUUGAGGAGGAAUGAUUUGUUUACUCUUUUUUUUUGUGGAAAUUCGAGGAUCACGAUAUCUAGCCAGGAGUAACCGCUGAGAGGGCUCAGUUUGUGAAUAUGCUGCAUUUGCAAGUUAUCUGGGAUAAAUUCAACUUAGAUGUUAAGUCUCAGUACUUUUUUUCUCAUCAUGGAAGACUAUACUGAAGAUACAGCAUGCCUCGCAUACGAUGCAAGUUUGAGUGACA